GUAAGGAGGUGGGAAGGUUGUGAUGGCGUGGUGUGGGCUUCAGAAAUACGGUGGCGUGUGCUGUGAUGGUGAUGAAGAUUGUGAUGAAAGUUGCAUCAGUUCCAUUCUCAGUAACCAGGAGGCGGGCGGCCGGCGGCAUGGUGGACGUGCUGGUGGUGGUACUGGGCCUCACCGCGUCCUCGCUCCUCACUUCAGCGGGCACUGAGGCGGCGGCGGCGGUCACUUUCGCAGACAAGACGGUGCAAAUCACGCAGCUCGAAGUUCCGGCUUCCCCCACCGCUGGCCAGAACGUGACUCUGUCCUGCCGCUGUCUCGAGGGCUCGGGGCACCAGCUGUACACGGUGAACUGGUGGCGCGGCAAGGACCAGUUCUACACGUACAAGGGAAGCAAUUAUGAACCUAAACACGCCUACUCCUUCAGGGGCAUUAGAGUGCUGAAGGAGGCGUCGACGGAAGACUCAGUGGUGCUGCUCAACGUGACGGAGGCGACGUCGGGGCUGUUCAAGUGCGAGGUGAUGGGCGAGGGUCCCUCCUUCCGCACCGCCGUCAGGAGUAAGCUGAUGACGGUCACUGUACCUCCUCGCUCAGUGGAGAUCGAGGCCCCGGGUCGCCCUCGCCCGUUGUGGUACCACCCCGGCCAGGAGGUGCUGCUCAACUGUACCGCGCGGGGAGCCAAACCUAGGACCACCCUUGCCUGGGAGGUGAACGGCAAACAGGUGCGCCACACACACCUCUACCAGUACACAGACCGCCUGGACAAGCGGGGGCGCGUCACCUCCACGCUGGGUCUCCGCUGGCGAGCUCCGGAAUUCUUUGAGGAGCGGCGGGCCAUUGUCACCUGCCGGGCGUCUGUCGGCGCCUACUCCACUUCCACCUCAGACACCGUGUACCUCGACCUGGCCGCCACCGCCCGCUACAACCACUACUCCUCCUGCGGCUGUCAGGCGGGUGGCGCGUGGGCAGCCCUGGGCGUGGGCGUGCUGGUGUUGUUCUGCCGCCGCUGUCCACGCUAGGAGGGAGGCCGCCCUGUGGAGUCCUGCAGGUUAAUGCAAACUUAAAGGAGGCCCCGACCAGAAGUCUUCAGGGCAUCAAUGGCGGGAAGGAAUGGCGGGACUGGUGGUGCGUGACAUGAACUCGCGCGCGCGCGCCUGUGUGUGUGCGUGUUUUCACCCACGGUCGUCGGCUGGUAUCGCCACACAGCCAGCUGCCCGCACAGGGAAAGAGCUCAGAGUUCACAGUGACCGAUCUCUGGGCAGAACAGCGACACCCUCACGCCACACACCGGGACGGCGAGGCCACAACCCUCGGCUAACCUCCCGUGCCUGCCUGUGGAAGGGGUCUGGCUCCUAUUCAUCCUACAGCCACAUUCGUGCUGUUACCGCCUCUCUGAAGUGUUACCGAGACCGAGGCGACCAAUGAGGAUUCUUUCUCACCACCACCACCACAACCACGUCCCUUCCCCGACCCACGAGCUCAAGCCACGUCCCUGCCCCUCCCCCCUCCACGCCUCACUCAGGUAGAGUUCACAGGAGGCGCCACACCACCACCAGCAGGAGGAGGAGGAGGAGGAGGAGUAGGUAUAGAGUAGAGGGGGAGGAACUACAGCAGCGUCAGCACAAGCAGCAGCAGCAGCAGCAACAGCAGGACAAACAGACAAAAGAAAGGAGCAAGUUGAUCCAAGUACAGCAGCAUCAUUCCCCUUGCUGCACCAUUAUCACUGCUAAUGUCACCACCACUACCGUUAAUUCCUCCGUCUUCUCCACCAUUACCACUCACACUAUCACCACAGAAACCCGCCAGUCAGUGUUAUAUAAUGGCCAGACUACUCUACAAACACUGAGCCUCCCAGUCAGUCUACGUGUGUCGUCAGUCUUGUCACCACUACAUCCUUUUCCAUCACACUGUUAGAUGGCGGUACCAGCAGCCAGCCCUUCGUCACCGCGCUCGCCCUUGCCUGUCUGUCUGUCUGGUGGAGUGCGUCUGUUGCCUGUUCCUCAUCCCCGGGAGUUCCGCCGCAGCACGACACACGAACACGUUACUCAGGCGCUAGUUAUGCACUGCUAAUAAUUGUUGUUGGUUCCAAUAAAUCUUUGUUACACUGCA